AUGGCACCCAAGGGGACUGAAAAGGGGCUAGCCCUGUUCCUUGUCGUCAUGCUAUGGAACGGCGCUGCAGCUCAAUCGGGAUGCACGAGUGCACUCAUCAGUUUAUCCCCGUGUCUCAACUACGUUAGGGGGAAUUUAUCGACACCAUCUCCUUCGUGUUGCUCAAAGCUCAGCAAUGUGGUUCAAUCACAACCUCAGUGCCUUUGCAUGUUGCUCAAUGGCGGUGCUUCCCCAUUAGGGAUCACUGUGAAUCAAACUCUUGCUCUAGGACUCCCCGGCGUUUGUAAUGUGCAAACUCCACCGGUUAGCCGGUGUAACGCAGCAGCAAGUGCACCCACUGCUUCAGCAGCUACCGCAAAGAGUGCUCCAGUGGGUUCUCCUCCUUCAGUAGUUUCUCCAGUGGGUUCUCCUCCUUCAGUAGUUUCUCCAGUGAGUUCUCCUCCUCCAGCAGAUUCUCCAGAGAGUGUUCAAGUGGGUUCUCCUUCUCCAGCAGAUUCCCCCUCAGAUUCUUCCAAUGAAACACUACCCGAAAAUCAAACCGAACCAUCUGAGUCGAGCAAUCCUUCAGCUGGAACAGGUUCCAAAACAGUGCCCUCAACAGCUGGUGUCUCAUCUGGUGGAAGCACCAUCAAAUCACCCCUUCAAGUUGCAGUGUUUCUUCUCUUCAUUGUUUCAUGUGCUUCGAGUGCCACCAUAUUCUAGGCUCUUCAUAGAGUUGCAGAGAGCUUGUUUUAGUGUUUGUUUUUUCGGGGUACGGUUUACAGAAUUGACGAUGCUUUCCCCAUUGUUCAAAAUUAUUAUUCUUUGUUUUCCUAAGCCAGGAGAUGGAUUUUUCAUGCGUGCCAUUGUAUCAUUUGUAUUGAGAAAGUAAGGAAAGAAUGAGCAGGAACUUCUAUUUGUCCAUCUAUUGAUUUGUCAACAAA